GUCUGUAAGGGAGCAAGUACCAAUCCUGGGGUUCGUAUUCUUCUUUGCCCAAAGCCUUUGACUAGCAUCUCUCCAAAACACAGCUCGAGCUGCGCAAGACGAGCGAAGCUGACCGCACACUAAGGAAUCUUUCCAACUUAAAAUGCUUUUGUUGGAGCCCUGAAUUCUCUUCAGCUGGCUGGUUCAUCCACGCCUUGCCGGCGUCUUUCUCCAGCCAUCCCCAGCGCAGUCCAGCGCGAGAUCUUUGGGAGGUGACGUUAAGCAUUCGUGUCUAAGUUCGAGACCUUUCUCGGCAGUUCGCAUGUUUGCUGAGAGUUUGUUACUACGCCCAUGUUAGCAAAAUGCUUUUUCACACCAGCAGACCCAAAGCGGCGCCUACCCCCAGGGAACCUUUAGUGUAAUUGGAGGAGACAACCUUACACAUUUAUUCAUUCUUUCAACAAGUAUCGGUUGAGGACUUGGUAUUCCCAGGCAUGUGAAUGGCAAGGUCCCCAAUCUCAUGGAGUUUAUUUUGUAGUAGGGGAGAUAAUCAAUGAAAUAAGUUCUUUAAAAUAAAGGACCACGGUUCUAUGAGAGUAAAAACAGAUUUGGGAUGGGUCGAAGCCUCAGUGGUUAAGCGCUUGACUGCUAACUGAAAGGUCAGCGGUUGGAACCCACCAGCCGCUCUGCGGGAGAAAGAUGUGGCUGCUUCUGUAAAGAUUUACACCUUUGGAAACCCUAGGGGGCAGUUCUGCUGUGUACUAUAGGGUCGCUGUGAGGCUUGAAUUGACUCGCUGGCACCCAACAGCAACAACAGAAGCUAAGUAAGACAAACUGGGAGUGGAGAAUGAGACUUCCAGGAGAUACAGCAUAUACGGAAGCCCAGAGGUGGAGAGGGUUUUUAUCACUUAAGAAACAAGAGGGAUAAUCAGGGACCAGACCUUGCAAGAUAUGUAGGCCAUUUAAAGGAUUUAUGCCUUUAUUCUAAUAGAAAUGGGAUGUCCUUGAAGGGCUUUAAGUAGAGUGUGGCAAGAUCAGAUUUACAAGUUUUUUAAAAGAUCACUAGUGAAAGAAUUAGAAAAUAACAAUAACCAACAUUUUUAUAGCUCUUCACAAUUUAAAAAAUGCCUUGAUUUGGGUUGCCUGGAAAAAAGAAAAACGAUCGGGCAUCAUCAGAUGUUUAGUAUUGUAAUAGACUACAAAUGCAGGGAAGCUUGAGAACUCCAGGGCUCAAAAGCUAUGGAGAGAAUCCGCUUGGAGGAGGUGACAGUUAAACUGAUUGAAAAGGCCAAACCCAUUAAAUGUGGAACAUUCAGUGCAACAUCUUUACAGCAGAGAUACUUAGCUACUGGAGACUUUGGUGGAAACCUUCAUAUAUGGAAUUUGGAGGCUCCCGAGAUCCCAGUGUAUUCUGUAAAGGGCCAUAAAGAAAUUAUCAAUACUAUAGAUGGCGUAGGUGGACUAGGAAUUGGGGAAGGAGCGCCUGAAAUUGUGACUGGCAGCCGAGAUGGAACUGUCAAGGUGUGGGACCCAAGGCAGAAAGAUGAUCCUGUCGCUAAUAUGGAACCUGUACAAGGAGAAAACAAGAGAGACUGUUGGACUGUGGCAUUUGGCAAUGCUUAUAAUCAAGAGGAACGCGUUGUUUGUGCUGGCUAUGACAACGGGGAUAUUAAACUGUUUGACCUCAGAAAUAUGUCAUUGCGGUGGGAGACUAACAUAAAAAAUGGGGUAUGUAGCGUGGAGUUUGACAGAAAAGACAUAAGUAUGAAUAAGUUAGUUGCUACAUCUCUGGAAGGAAAGUUCCAUGUUUUUGACAUGAGAACACAGCAUCCAACCAAAGGUUUUGCUUCUGUUUCAGAAAAGGCUCAUAAAUCUACCGUAUGGCAGGUCCGCCACCUGCCACAGAACAGAGAGCUCUUUCUGACUGCUGGAGGUGCCGGUGGCCUUCACCUCUGGAAGUAUGAAUACCCUAUUCAGCGGUCAAAGAAAGACUCCGAGGGUGUGGAGAUGGGAGUCGCGGGCUCCGUCAGCCUCCUGCAGAACGUGACGUUGUCUACCCAGCCCAUUUCAAGUUUGGACUGGAGUCCAGACAAAAGGGGCCUCUGCAUCUGUAGUUCAUUUGACCAAAUGGUGAGAGUACUGAUUGUUACAAAACUCCACAAAAUUUGAUCAAGAUUUUGGACUUGAGAGCUUCCAGAGGAACUCUCAUGGAAUGUAAGAUAUGUUCUGGGAACCUCUGACUGAACAAAGUUGGGCUUUGAUGAAAAAAGUCCCAGACGCAAACUGGGCGUGCUCCUGUGCGCGGGUGUGAAACACCAAGGGCUGUCAGAGUGACCUGCCUGACUGACUUGCUGCUGGGCGUGGGGCACCGCUCUCCAGAGCCAGCUCUCUCCUCUCCCCUCCAUUUCCACUAAAAGACAGUUGUUGUCUAUAUGUACACAUAUUUUUAACUAGUGCUGCAUCUCCAAAGUUCCAUAUUUUAUCUUGACACCUGUAUUGCACCUUAGUGUUUACAGUGUUGCGAUAAGGAUUAUUUAAUUUUGUUUAAAACAGUUUGCCUUGAGAAAACAACUGUGUAUUUACCUUCAGAAGUAAACUCUGAGAGAUUUCAGUGUCAGGAAGUUUCUGUACAGAAUAUUACAAAAUUUCAGAAUAGCACUGUCAGACUAAAUUUGGGUAACUGUUUUCAGCAGGAUAACUGAUAAUAUGAAAUCCUGUGAUUCACAGAGACCUCUUUUUUCGUGAAAGUACAGGGAAUUGAGUUAGUGAGACUUUUGAUUGUUGACUGUGGCAAGUGAUACUGUUGAGAUGUACAAGGUUGUGGGGGCUUUAUGGCGUUAUUUUUUGUCAAUCCUUUUUAUAUAUCUUAUGAAUAAACUUUUUUGAAAUCUGCGAAGGCUUCGAUUCUGUUAACAGUAGUAAUAAAGCCAACUCUGUCACUUCUGUUUGCUUUAUGAGUUCUUAAUGAGUACCAGUUAAUUCACCUUGUUUCUUUAAUGUUCACCCCAUUUUUGGCUAAGCCUUCAGAGGUAUUCACUCUUUCAUUAAGCCUACCUUCUCCCACCUCCAUUCAAGAGACUAAGUUAGUUGCGGUCUAGUAGAUUUCGACUCAUGGCGACUCCACGUGUAUCAGAGUAGAACUGUGCUCCACAGGGUUUUAAUGGCUGAUUUUUUAGAAGUAGAUCACCAGGCCUUUCUUCUGAGGUUCUUCUGGGUGGACUCAAACCUUGCCACCUAAAACAUAAUAUGUAAUUUUGUGUGAUUUCA